AUGGCGCGCGGGCGCCGGCUGGCGCUGUGCUCCCUGGCGGGCGCGGCCGCCGCAGCGGGCCCUGGCCCCGAGCAGAUCCACCUGGCCCUCACCUCGGACCCUUCCGCGGUGGCCGUGACGUGGGUCUCGCUGGAGCUGGAGCUGAAGGAAGCCAAGGUCUGGUACGCGCAGGAGGGCACCGCCGGGCGGUGGAUCGAUGCGGCGGUGCACCAGUACGCGGCGGGCGGCGCAGCGCGCUCCGUGGCCACGGCCGUCAUGACGGGCCUCGUGGCCGACACCACCGCCCGCUACAGGGUGGCGCACGGCGGCCUCGAGUCCGCCGAGCUCGCCUUCAGGGCACCGCCCGUGGAUCCGAGGCCCGUGCGCGUGAUCGCUUUCGGGGACAUGGGGACUGGCGACUUCGGCGAUCACUCCGGCCCCGGGGGCGCCCUGUACAACGACGGCUACGUGGCCGGCCUCUUGGGCACGCCCUCGGAGCCCGACUUGGUGGUGCACGUGGGUGACGUGGCGUACGACCGUGGCAACGAGACCGUCUGGGACGUGUUCUUCAGGAAAGCGGCGCUACCGGCUCGCUGA